GGAGGGGAUAUACAGACUCUGGGAAUCCCCAGGAAGCUGUGUGACAUGUGCACCUAUAAAACCUCCUGCUGAGUCCUCCCAGGCUGCUUUAGGGUGCAAAGUUCUCCAUCCAGGGCUGCUGGAGUUAGUCACAGUAUAUCCCACCCCCAGGCCCAACGCUUGAAGGCCGGGCAUGGUUUUGCCUGCUCUGUGGGCAGUGUUUGCCUGCAGGGGAGCCCCCCUUGCCCUGGUGCCACCUGACUCAUGCCUGGGCAGGGAGUGGCGGGACUGGCGUCGCCCCCACCCACGUGUGGGUAUUGUGCAACCGGGUGCCUCUGCUGCAGACGGAGCCGGGAGCAGGUGUGGGAGUGGAGGGGUGGCCCCUGUGGGGUCCCAGAGCCGGUGUCAGUGCUCACUCCCCACUCCAAGGGGGUAUCAGAGCCCCUUGGCUGGGUUUCCUGCAGUGCUGCCUUCUAGCAGCAUCAGGAAGGGAUCUUGGAAGCAGGUGGAGGAGGAUCUUGGUGCCCAAACCCACCAGGUCCAUUGGUAGUGGUGGUACCUGCUCCCCAGGACACUCUGCUCCAGAGGAGACACCCUGCCAUACACAGUGAGGAAGGGCUGCCUUGGCAUGACCGUGGAUCCAUCCCUGUGGCAGAUGGUACCUGGCUGCAUCCUGUGCACCCACAGCUCCCUCUUCUCUGGUCCCCUGGCCCUCCCUGAGCGUGGGGACAGGGAGCUGGUGCUGCUGUGAGCACAGUCACGCGUCACUGCUCGGGACUCUGUGCUUCUGUUUUCCUGUGCGAGGUGCAGCCGCCAUGGCGGGGCUCUCAGUGAAGCGAGGAAGGCACAACACCAUCACUGCCUUACUUCCCUCUCCUCAAGUGAUCCUGGAGCUGGGUGAGACCUUGUGAAGAAGCAAACACAUUGCUGCCGUGGCCUCACUGACUCUGUUCACGCAGCAGGGUCGGUCCGGCCUCUGUCGCUGCUGGAAGGUGACCUGUAACCCAGGGCAAUGCCCGGCCCUGCCACCUGUGCGGGAACACUCCCCCCACUCCAUCCGGGUUUGUGUGGGCGUUUGCCGCGAUGUGCAGAUAACGCCUGGCACCGGCAGUGCCGAAGGGGGACAGGGCAGGGUCAAUACGCGGGACCCCAAGGCACAGCCGUAGCCUGCUCCUUCCUUCUUCCUCCUUGGUGACAAGCCAACCCCUGCCAGGGGUUAUCAGCCAUGCAGCCAAGUGUGCAGGGACCUGACAGCAACCAGGAUGGGGGUGCAGAGCCCAGGACUGACCCACCCCUCCCAGAGAUGUUUGGGACCCCUGUCCCCACCUGCUGUCCCAGUGUCUUUAGUGACUUUGAACCCCCCGGGGUGGCUCCCCAGGGGUUGGGGACCCCAGCCGCGGGCUGUCAACAGUGGGGUCGGCCUGGAAAGGACCUCAAAGCUUCCCAUGGCAAAGUGGGUGUGGCCCCCAGCAUCAGUGGGUGCCCAGAAUUGGGACGCUGCCACCUCAGCGCAGGCUGCGAGGACACAGAGACGUCAGUGCCCCAGGCAGGGCACGUGGUGUCCCUGUCCCCCCCACCUGGAGGAGCGCUCACCGCGGAGUCACCCUCGCACGCUCCCUUGAGAGAGGGAGAGCCGCAGCCGCGUCGCCUUCCUCCCUGACCCCGCAGAGGCACCAUGGGGCUCUGGAGCUGGCUGCUGUGGGGGUUCUGGGUGCUGCCAGCCGGGGAGAUGAAGGGGCAACUCCUUGUGCCCACGCCGGACCCAUCCGAGUCGGGCAGCAUCUCCCAUGUGGCCGACAGCGCCAGCGCCGAGCUGCCUUCCGAGCUGGCCGUGUGCGCGGAGCUCCCCGGAGCCGCCGGGGCAGCGCUCCCCUCUGCCGCCGGCCCCGCGGGCAGCCCCGGCUCAGGCGUCCCGGUGCCACAGGAAACAGAGCUGGUCCCGGCUGGAAGCAGCGGUGAGCAGGUGGGGUCUCCCAGCCCGGCAGCUCUCCCUGGGGGUCCAGCAGUGCGAGGCAGCCCCCAGGCAGGGUCAGGGGCUGGGCUCUCCUCUGCAGGUGCUGCCGGCCACCCAACCAGCGUCCCUCCAGCUCCCACCACCGCUUGGCACAUGCAGCCUCUGUCCUUCAAGCCAAAGGGGCACACAGUGGGUCUUGCCCUGGGUGCUGCCGCCGUGGAGCAGAUGCCAGUGACAGCAUGGAGCACAGAGCCAUUGCUCCCCCAGGAUGAGCACAGCACAGCGACAUCAUCCCUCAGCACAAGCAGGAGCUCUGCUGAGCCACGUAGUACUGCCAUGCUCCUGUCCCAGGAGGUCAUUCUGGGGCUGGAUGAGGCCACCUCACCUUUGGCCACAGCUGCCAGCAUCUCUGAGGAGAGGGGCAGCCCCAUGAAGAUGGCAGCAGCCUCAGCCAGUCCCCCCAACACAGCUGCAGAGGGAGCCUUUUCUUCCACCACCACUGGCACCAGCAAGGCUGCAGAGCCAGGGACAAGCACCUUACCCAAUGCUGACCACAGUGCCUCACAGGACCCUCCUGGGCCUCCCACUCAGCUGCCUCCAGCCCUUUUGCCCCACCUUCCUGAGGAUGCUGUGCUGGGCACAGGACAGACGCUCCCCUCCAGCCACAGCGCAGCCCCGGGUGCUGCUGGACACGGGCUGCCUGCAGACAGCACUGCCAACCAGCCCCAGGCCACCACACAAGCUGCGGGCACACUGGCUACAGUGAUGGAUGUCGUAGCUGGAGAGCACAUCCCACCUCUGGGAAGCACCAGUGCUGAGCUGGUGUCCAUCAGGAAUGAGGCCAGUACCAAAGCCACAGCAGGCACUGCCACCCCAGAGACCAAGGACAUACCAGGGGGACUCAGCAUGAGUGUGUCCCCCCAUGCAGCUCUCAAAGACCCUGACGGUCUCUCUCCAAGGCCCUUUCCACGCUCCAUGGGCUCUCUGCUCCCUCAGUCCCUCUCAACAGGCCUUGGGACCACCACAGCAGAGGCAGCAGCAGGCAGAUCUCCUUCAGCCCCUCCCAGCAUGGCCAUGCCUGUGUCCCUCAUGGGCACCACUGGAGCAAAGCCAGACAGUGACCCUCGAGCUGCUGCUGCACCACCACCUUCCAUCGCUGCAUUUGGCACUGGGACUGUGCCAGCUACCCACCCAUCCUCCUUUGCUAGCAACACUCCAAUUAGUGAAGCAGGGAUGGGAUCAGCAUCACUGGCCAGUGGCAGUGCCACCAUAAUGCCAGGGGACACCGAAGCCACCCUGCCUGUGCCUGAUGCACACUCCAGCCACAGCCAGCCAGCUCCCACAGCAGGCUCAACAACCCCAGGAACUGGUGUGACACCCAGAUCUGCACUGACCCCAGUGCUCUGGGCUGGGCCCCAAAUUGUGGAAGCUCCAGGGACAGAGAUGCCACCACCCAACACUGCACCAGGCACUGGCAGAGCUGUAUCAGGGAACAGCACUGCCACCACUGCAGGGAACAUCGCUGCCACCACUGCCACUUCUGCCACCACUGCAGGGAACAUCAUUGCCACCACUGCAGGAGGCACCAUGGCUAUGGCAUCCACAGCCCCAGUGAGCCCAGCCAAGGAGGAGGGAAGUCUCCCAGGCACCACGGCACCAGUGACACCACCAGCCACCACCAGCCGUGCCACCACCCUGUCUCACGCCUUUGGGACACAGAGAGGACCGUCCACUGAACUGAGCACAUCUGCCCACACCACCACUGGGCACAGAACUCCUGCACCUGAGCCCCAACCCACCCAUGAGCUUAUCAAGCCAGCGACUUCACUCUACCCCUUUGGCGUGGAAGGAGGGGAUCAAGAAUACGUCCGGAGGAUGGUGGAUUUUAACUCACCCCUGUUCAAGCCAGAAAUUGGAUUUCCCUUUGGGAAGUCACUGCGAGAUGCUCUCUAUUUUACAGAUAAUGGACAGAUCAUUUUUCCACCCACGGACAACUAUGUCCCAUCCAACCCCAACCCCCCUCCCCGGGGCUUCACUGGCCGGGAGAGCUUGCCAAUGGUGGCUGCCUUUUGGGAUGAUGCAGACUUUUCCAAGGGUGUUGGCACCACUUGGUACCAGGAGUACUCUACACUCAGCUCUACCCAAGACCCCGUUGUCCAAGAUGUGGAAGCAAAGAUUGAGAAAUACCUAAAAAUCCCCUAUGCAGCAAAAUGGACCUUGAAGGUGACGUGGGAGAAAGCUCCAGCAUACCCAUCCCGGGGGGGUGACACUCAGACCAGCACCUACCAGGCAGUGCUCAGCACCGACGGGAGCCGCUCCUUCGCCCUGCUGCUCUACCAGGACGGGGGGAUGCGCUGGGACUACACCAGGCUGGCUGCAGCCAACGUGCUGAUCGGCUUCUCCAGCGGCAAUGGCUAUGCCCAAAACAACGAGCUGACUCAGAAGCCUCCAGCUGUCAAGUACCGACCAGACCAGCACAGCAGCCCCGGCUCCGAUGUGCGUGGGCUGUGGAUUUACAGACUGGACAGUCGCUCCCGGGUGAAUUACAGGCUGCAGUGCCUGGCGUGGCUGGACACAGAGCCAGCGCCGGCCACCUGGAACAGGCAGCUGCCACCAUGCCCCUGCUCCCGGCCCCAGGCAGAGCUGGAUCCCCGCUACCACUGGAGCAGAGGUGCCAAGGACAGCCCCCAGGAGCAGCAGCAGGGCGGGGGGAUGGUCCCCUCCUGCUCUGGGGGCAGCUGUGAUCCCCCCACUAUUCCAGGCCCAGCAGACGCCUCGGUGAGGAUGCUGCGCACUGCGUCCCCCAGCCCAGCUGGAGCUGGGGUACGAUGUCUGUACCAAGGUGAGAGCUUGCUGGAAGGCUGGCAGGAGAGAGUGUGGAGCCUCCCCUUCCACGCUGCCACUGACACGGAGCUGGAAGCGUUCGACUGGUGCUGCCGGCGGGUGGGGAAGCCCCAGUUCUGUGCCAGGUUUGCUGAGAAGAGACCGAGGGUUGACUGUGAAGGAUAUGUGCCACCCACCCCCGCUGGUGCCUUCGGGGACCCUCACAUCACCACCCUGGAUGGACUCACCUACACCUUCAAUGGGCUUGGGGACUUUGUCCUGCUGCUGGCCAGUGAUGCCCAGACCAGCUUCGUUCUGCAAGGGCGCACAGCACAGACUGGCAUGGCCCAGGCCACCAACUUUGUGGCCUUUGCUGCCCAGUACAUCUCCAACACCACCACAACAGUUGAGUGGACCCUGGGGAGCCAGGAUGAGAUCCAAGUCCUCCUGAACAAUGAAACCAUCCAGUUUUCCUAUUCCCAAGAGCUGGGUGACGAGGUCUACUACAGCCCUGGUGUCCUGCUAGUCAACGCCUCCUCUGUCACAGCCAUCUUCGAUGGGACCAUUGCUGUGUCUGUCUCAGCCAGCUCCGGGAUCCUCAGCGUGGUCUGCAGCCUGCCCCACUGGUACUGCAACAGCACCAGGGGCCUCCUGGGUGUGUGGGACCAUGACCCCGCAGAUGAUUUCCAGAUGCCAAAUGGUACCAGCAUCCCUGUGAACAGCAGUGAAGAGGAGAUCUACAGCUAUGGGAUGACCUGGGCUGUUGGGGAGCACAGCCUGUUCACUCAGCCUCUGGACUCACCAGCACUGAACUUCACACCCUUCUUCUUGUCUCGGCUGCGGCAGGAGAAUGAAAGCCAGUACCAGCUGGUGUCCUCUCAGUGUCAUGGCAGCAAGGAGUGCAUCUAUGAUUCACUGAGCACAGGGAACUUGGCCCUGGGCCUGGCCACCCAGAGCUUUGCAGCUGACUUCCAGCAGAGGAAGACAGCACUCAAUGCCUUCCCUCCCGUCAUCACCGGUGACGCAUCAAUCACAGCCUUCAGGACAGAGAGGGUCACAAGGCAGUACCGUGCCUUGGGGGCGGGGGCACGCUUCAUUCCCCAUCUCUCACCAGAGCUCAACAUAUCAGAGAAUGGGACCCUGAUAUGGCAGCCCCGCGGGACAGCCCCAUUCACCAUCAACCUGGAGGCUGUUGGCUCCAACAACAUCUCUGCACUCCUCCAGCUCCGCUUCACCCUUUGCAGAUGCAGCAGGAGCCAGGACUGUGACUACAGCAACACUGUCACUCUCGGGAAGUCUUCCCUGCAGCUGGCAGCCUGCAGAUGCGAGAGCGGCUACUCAGGUGCCUUCUGCCAGGACCCUCCGGACCCCUGCUCCCAGGGAUGCUUCCCUGGUGUGGGAUGUCACCCUUUCAGCGGCUGUGGCCCCUGCCCGGCUGGCCUGACGGGGGAUGGAGAGCACUGCUCAGAUAUCGAUGAGUGCACGCAGGGGACAGAGUGCCCAGGGAACAGCACCUGCACCAACACCGUGGGCAGCUACGUCUGCUCCUGCCCGGCCAGUGAGCAGGGUGAGAUGCCAGGCUGUGGCUCAGCCUGUGGCUACCACUCCUGCCCUGAGGGCUACUGCAGCAACGGGGGACACUGCCACCUUCACCCCAUCACUUGUGCCCCCACCUGCGCCUGCCCCCCGGCUUUCACCGACCAGCGCUGCCUGGUGGCAGGGGGGGAUUUUCAGCCACUGCCCAGCUCAGGUCUCCCUCGGAGAAGCAUCCAGAUGAGGAUCAAGACACUGCAAAACGCCACUGCUGAGGAAGUCAACAGCACUGUCUCAGCCAUCCUGGAUUCCCUGGAGGUAAAAGCUUUCCAGAGCAACACCAACAUCACCCAGAUGACAGACAGCGAUGGCUUCACCUUCAUGGUGGUGUCCGAGUUUGCCUAUGACAGCCGCGGCGCCGUCAUCCGCUUCCUGAACGAGGAGCUGCCCGCGGCCAUCACCGGCGCCUUCAACGGGCGCCGGGGGCAGCGGCAGGCGGGCACGGGGCUGCGCUUCCAGCGCCUGCACCAGGACAACAUCACCGACCUGGUGAAGCUGACAGUGGAUGAGCUGAGGGCCUAUUUCCCCUGCUCACUGUAUGGCUACAAAGGCUACCAGCUUCACUACACGGGGACCAUCGGCUUCAUCUGCAUCUCCCCCUGCAAGAUGGGCUACUGCCAGCAUGGUGGCCAGUGCCAGCACCUGCCCGAGGGGCCCACGUGCAGCUGCCUGCCCUUCUCCAUCUACUCUCCAGCUGGCCUCCAGUGUGAGUGGCUGGCCAUCAGCCUGGCCGCCUUCCUCGGCAUCCUGCUGGGAGCCCUGGCUCUGCUCUGCCUCCUGUUUGCCCUCGGCUGCCUGGCUCUGCGCCUCUGCCACCAGCGCCGCCGCCGGCACCAGGGGGCCAAGGAGACCUUGUGGAGGACACGGCCCUUCUCCUCUUUAAUGAUGGCAGGAGAACAAGCAGAGCCCAUGGGCUCCCACUCCCUGGAAAGGCAUUGGAAACUGCAGCUCCAGGCCAUUGACCCCUCACUCCAGGUCUGUCCUCAGGUUACUGCUUCCAUAGGGUUGGGAAGUUCGGGCUGGGCUCUGAAUCCUGGGCCUGUGCCUCAAAGGAGCUCAGGAGCUGUGCCUCAUCCUGAAGCAUCACCAAUCCUUUGGCUGGCGCUGGGAUCCGUGCCACUGUGACAAAGCACAGAGCCGAUGCCACACUGACAGCGUGGCCUGUUCCUCCUUACAGAUAAGAAUCCAGAGACCCCACGUUGUGCCUCCAAGCCAGUCCCCCCAGCAGCCCUAACCUGCCACCAGUCCUUUUCUGGCACCUCCAGGCUCACAGAGGAGCCAGACACUGCUGCCUGCUCUUGGGGUGUCCAGCAGCAGCAACACAUGGAAGCAGGGACAGGCAGCUGCCUUCUGGGUUCUGGGAGGAUUCACUCUGGAGGAGGUGCUUUUUUGAAUGUGUGUUUAUGUUGGGUGACCAAAGCAGGAGGAUUUCACCUUCCCUGAGGACCUGGAGAGAAGCCUGGGAUCAUCCUUGAAUGUGUCUGCACCAGGGGUAUGUGCUAGUGCAAUAACCAGACCCUGCAGAUCCCCUGAGAGCAGGGGCAGGUGGGACAAGGCAGUGAUUGUAAUCCCUUAGGAACCAAAUAGAAUAAACCAAAAAUGUUG